CCGACUGUGUGGAAAAUAGGCCCUGUAGGGCAUAUCGAGGCCCUGUGCCUCGCAAGUGUGAAGUGUCUAUUCUGUAUCUGAUCUCAUGUUUUCGUUUUUUUUUCUUUUUUCUUUUUCCCUGAUCGUAUGCAACAACAGUACACCGAAGCCUCCUCCUCCAAAGCUGGUGCUGUAUUCACAGUUUGUGAAUGAGUUGAGGGAUCACAGAGUGAAGCGGGUUCAAUUUGUGGAGGGAUCCAAUAAACUGUUUUUCGAUCUAUUGGAGGACGAGACACCGUCAUUCCAGCGUGCUUUUAAUUUUUGGCUUCCGAAGCAACCGAUGAUGAUACACCAGCCAUCGCCAGCAACGGUUAUAAAGAAGAAAUGGCGCUUUGUGACGCGGCGAAUUUCAGGCGAUGAGACUUUUCUCCUUUCAAUGCUACGAGACACUAAGGUUCCCCAUGCUGUAGUUCCUCAGCCGCCCAGUGCGGCAUUGCGGAACGUCUUGUACACAAUCUUUGCUCUCUGGAUACCUUUGGUGCCUCUUCUCCUCUUCUUCAGAAGGGCAAUGGGAGGUAGUGAUAGUGCUAGCAAGGCCAAGAAACGAUUACAACGGGAUGUGAAGUUCAGUGACGUUGCUGGAGUGGAUGAAGCAAAGGCGGAGCUUGAAGAGGCUGUUGCUGGGGAGGCCGGCAUACCAUUCCUGGCUGCAUCAGCGAGCGAGUUUGUGGAGCUCUUUGUUGGACGAGGAGCGGCUCGAGUGAGGGAACUAUUCACAGAGGCCAGGAAAGUUGCUCCAUCGAUUGUGUUUAUAGACGAGCUUGAUGCGGUUGGAGGGAAGCGCGGAACGAGCUUCAACGAGGAACGCGACCAGACGUUGAAUCAGUUGUUGACAGAGAUGGAUGGUUUUGAAUCCGAUACUGGAGUCAUCGUCUUGGCAGCAACUAAUCGGCCUGAGUCUCUUGAUCCUGCACUUUGCCGAGCAGGAAGAAUCUCCCGGCGAGUGUAUGUUGGAGCCCCGGACCUUAAAGGUCGAGAGGAAAUUCUCGCGGUUCAUUUGCGAAAGGUAAAAGUCCAAGGUCCACCAGAAAGAAUCUGCAGAAUUGUCGCUUUGGCGACACCCAGAUGUGCCGGCGCCGACUUGGCGAAUAUCGUGAAUGAGGCAGCGCUUCUUGCAGCAAGGAAUGGGAGGGAUGCUGCAGAGAUGGAGGAUUUUCUGGAAGCAGUCGACCGGGCUCUUUAUGGUGUUGGGGGGAAAAAGGAUUGGCGCAAGGGUGUGAAGAGGCAGCUGGAUAAGUGGCUUGGGAUGGAUUCCGUGUCGAAUUUCACUGACUCGAAGGACAACAUCUCACGGCAGAAGCAGCUGCCCUGGAACAGAAAUCAAGGACCAGGAAUCAAUGUUGCAACCACACAAUAAAAUGUGGCAAUUUUUUGGCCUGUGUGUGUGUGUGUGUGUGUGUGUGUGUGUGUGUGUGUGUGUGUGUGAAAGCAUACCUGACCCUGUGUGUGUGUCUGUGAAAGCAUACCUGACCUUUUCACUGCUGUGAGUCGACAAGGCUCUUGUCAUUAAGCCUGUGGCAUUUCUGUU